AUGGACGCCCACGUGGACACAUUCAACGCGCUCAACGGCCUGAACGACGGCCACACCAUGUUCUGGUCCAACUGCUUCUUCGGCGUGGCUACCUUCGUCCUCCCGCUUCCGCUUUUCGCGGUCGUGGAGGAAGGUCAGCAGAUCGUUCGCGUCGCCACGCGCCAAUACCUGGAGCGGCUCAACGGGAUCGAUGAGGACGCGAAGAAGCUCUGGGGUUUCGAUUUUUCCGCCUACGAGUUACAGCAGGUGCUCGCCAUAGAGGGCCAGCCGGCAGUGGAGUAUAUCAAGCAGUGGGCGGACAAGCACGGCGGCAUGGUGCGCAACCCCAGUGCGCGUUUCAACAUGAUGUUCGCCGGGCUCGACCCGGAGGGAAAAGCCAAAUUGAGCCAUCACGCGGGGGAGUUUGUUGUGCGGGAGCUGGUUCCAGAAAGCGAUACGCUGCAGGUGUCCGUUUUCACAGGGCGCCAGCAGCAGCAGCCACAGGAGAAGCAGGAAGGCAAGGAGGAAGCAGGGUCGUCAAGCAACGAUGCGCAGAGCAGCGACAAGGUUGCACCCAGGAUACUGGCUGGAGAGGAGGGGGCAGCCAUCACAAUGGAGAAGGUGUCUGCUGACGAUGCCUACUACCUGGUGUAUCUGGUGGACAACCGCACGGCAGUGAUAGUGCUGCACACAUUCAGCGUGGACCCCACUACGGAGGAGGAGCUCGCAGUCAGCAGGCCUGACGUGAAUCCCAUCAACUACCUCGCUGAGGAGAUUCUCAAAGCCAUGGAUACUGCCAGGAGCACCGACUGCGCGGAGGUCAUAUUCGACGUGCGCGAUAACGGCGGCGGGUACGUCACACUGGCCUCACACACAGUCGUCGCACUUCUCGGCACGCGCAACGUGCCUCUAGCGGAAGCAACCCUACCCAUGGACUUCAUUAUAGGCACCAACUUCACCUGGAGCCUCAUGGAGGAUCAGGCCAUUCCUGGCUACGUCACGAACGCGUACACUCAGCCCAGCGACGGCACGUCGCUCCUCUCGUCUGCUGAAGACUACACUCCUCUGCAAAACGUCCCCUUCUCCGUCGCCGGCCGCAUCGGCACCUAUACCGCGGAUUUUAAACUGAAUUUCGAUUAUUUCUACGGCGACUUGGCGGCGCGGCCCGAGUUUUCGGAGCCGUUUUUCGGCGCGCGGCCGUUUCUGUUUCUCGCGGACGGGGACUGCUUCUCCACCUGCGCCGUCCUCACGCACAUGCUGGGUAAACGCUACAAAGUACCCAUGGUAACCGUGGGUGGUUACCUCGACCAGCCCGUGUCCGUGAGCGCGUCGUGCCUGGGCUACACCAUGCUCUCGUUAAACUGCGCCGUCUCGGUUCCGCUAAGCCGCACGAACCACGCCAACGACCCGCACGCGUCGAAACCGUUUAAAACGAACAUGGAUGUUUCCAUGGCGUUUACUAACGGGUACGUGGACUCCGGCGUUCCGUGCGAGUUCGAAUUUCUGCCCAGUCAGCACCACGUGGACUACACCGUAGAUCGCAUCGACAAGCCCGAGGUGAUUUGGAGCGACGUCGCGAAACUCUUCCCGGAAUUGCCGCUGCCACCGGUGAUCGCUCAGUCGCAGGCUGCAGUGUAA